AUGGGAAUAAAUCGUCAUCAUCGAAGAUAUUGCCGAUCAGUGAGUUUUUUACUCGCUGUUACAGUGGCGAUGUUUUUUGCUUGCACAAUGGUUUUGACAAUACUUCUAACAAUAAAAUAUAGUGAACAACCUGUAAUAACAAAACGAAUAAUUCAAUGCAAUGAUUCAACAGAGGCAUCAACAAUUGAAAAACAUCCAUUAAAAUGGCCAGGGCCAAGUGGAAGUUUAUAUGCGCGUUAUAAACGAGCUGCAAUUGCAACUGAUAAUGGGAUAUGUAGUGGAAUUGGAAGAGAUAUACUUAUGCUUGGUGGUAAUGCCAUAGAUGCAACCGUAGCAGCAUUGGUAUGUAUUGGUGUUGUAAAUCCACAAAGUUCCGGUUUAGGUGGUGGAUUUCUUAUGACCAUAUACAAUAGUACUUCAAAUAAAUGUAUAGUAAUUAAUGCACGUGAAACUGCUCCAGCAAUAGCAAAUGAAACAAUGUUCAAUGAUACACCAGAAGAUGUUUUAAGAGGAUAUCGUUCUAUUGCAACACCAUCUGAAUUACAUGGAUUAUGGACGAUAUUUUCACAUUUUGGAAGUGGUAAAAUAUCAUGGUAUCGAUUAUUUCAACCAUCAAUUGAAUUAGCACUGGAAGGAUUUCCGGUAUCAGCAGAUUUAGCGGAGAAACUUGCUAUAGGAGAAAAGAUUGUAUUAGCUGAACCAUCAUUAAAGAAAAUAUUUGUGAAUCCAAAAACUGAAAAGGUAUAUGAAGAAGGUGAUAUUAUUACAAGAGAUCAUUUAGGUGCAACAUUACAGCAUAUUGCAAAUAGUUCUGAUCCAAUACAACUUUUUUAUCGUGGUGGCAUUGCGCAAACAAUUGCUGCUGAAAUUGAAGAACAUGGUGGUUACAUAUCCAUGGAUGAUUUAAGUAAUUAUGAAACAAAAUUAAAUGAAAUUCCAAUUAUUACCGAACAUUUCCUUGAUAAUUAUGCUAUAUGUGGACCACCACCACCAAGUUCAUCUGCUAUCACACAAAGUAUCAUAUCAAUUAUGGCUGAAUUUUAUGAUGGAAAGAGUGAAUUUGAUAGAGAUGAUCCAUUAUUUUAUCAUCGUUUAAUUGAAGCGCAAAAGUUUGCAUAUGCUCAAAGGACAAAACUUGGUGAUGCAGCAUUCGUACCAGAAGCUCAACAAAUUGCCGAAGAGAUAAUUAAAAGUUCUUAUGUGAAACGUAUCAAAUCACUGAUCAAGAAUAUAUCACAGUCAUUGGAUACGUAUGGAAUGGAUUUAUUCCAACAACCGGAUGAUCACGGUACAUCACAUGUAUCAGCAAUCGAUCAGGAUAAUAAUAUUGCGGUUUCAUGCACAAGUACCAUUAACCGCAUGUAA